AGAGAGCCAGGCGAGCUGAGGCCAACCAUUUUCCAUCCUUGCCGAUUGGUGAGACUCCAGAAAGCAUGGAGCAAGAGAGAAUUUCCCUUUUGGCAGAACAACAGAAAAGAAACAACCGGCAAUCUAUAAAAGAAAAGAUGGCGAAGACGUUUGGAUACCGAAGACAAGAAAUAGUGCAUCAGAGGCCAAGCAUUGAAGGCCUCUUGGAGCGGUGGCCUGCACUUUUUCACAUGGAAGAGGUAAAUGCUGAGUUCAUGCGCAUAACAACAUUUCCGUUGGAGACAAAGUUCUUGGCGCAGUUGGACAAACACUCCACCAAACUGCUGCAGGUCAUCAGGAGCAGGGGAGGAGUUGUGAAACAGAAGACCACCGGGAUCUUGCAGGUUUUAGAUGAGACUGUGGACAUCACCAUCAGAAGAGAAUGCAUCCUCAAAUCUCUAAUGAUCUACCUGGGUGAACCUGUUGACCAUCUCAUCAAAGAAUUCCAGGAAGCUGAGGCUGGAGAACUGGAGCAGGCAACAAUGGCAAUCUUUGUCAUUGGGAAAGAGGAUCAGUUUCAUCGACCCAAAGACGUCAAGGUUCUCAUCGAAGGAACAGAGGUCCUCAGCGGCUUGCCCUCGGUUGCGACAGCUUUUGCCAUGCUCUUCGGGCUCAUAUACGCACUGAACUUAAGAUAUCCUAAAGAACUGCAAUCCACUUUUGAAGUUGUGCAAAAAGUCCUGAUGGAGCUUGAGGGAAAAAAGAUGAGCCCAAAAGUGAAUAGACUGAGAACCCAGCUGUUCAUCCCAGAGUAGACACUUUGUUGCACUCACUCACUUGCAGUUACCGUUGUUCUUGCAUGGUAAGGUUUGUAAAACCAAGGUUUUAUAAUAAUUAUGCAUUGUAAAUAAUGUGCAAAAAAGUUUUGUAUUCAGAAGUUGCACUUACAGUAUGACCGAUUUUCACUGUAGAAGUUAUGCAUGUCUGCUCAUUUUCAGAGAUUACAUGUCUCACAGGCGCAAGUUGUCAGUGUUGCUUUAAAAAAGUGUGCAGUUGAUUAUCAGGACAAGUCCUUUUUCUAAGAGUUUGAUGUUUGGAAGCGGCGCAUAUUACUGCAUUUUAACUGUGGUACUUAUUAACAUGUCUG